AUGCACACUGGUUUUAGCCGGUGUGGCAGCGGCUCUGAUUUUGAUGAUAAACAGAGAAGUCAAAAUGGUCAACCAUGCUAAGCCUUGAUCCCGCGUAAGAUUCCAAUCCAAGUGCCGAUAACAAAAGACUACUCUUCGUUCCGCUGGUGCAGUGUCUGUGGGCUGGGGGCCGCCGGACGAGACGAAUGUCGUCGAAAGGGCUAAAGAGGUCUUGUUAAGAUGAAUGAUGAGUUUGAACUUUGAAACGGUGAAGAAUGAUGAAGAGGAUGAAGAGUGGUGAUCAAAUCAAAGCUACAUUGUCAUUGGGUUUUACUUUCGUUUAAUUUUAUCUGGAAAAAGAAGAAAACAGAAGUUGAAGAGAGAUUUAUGCACGAAACGCUCACAUGUUAUACGACGGCGGAUGAAACGAAAAGUCCAAAAACGAAACUUCAGUCUUGUGGUCUCCUUAACCUUUUUCUAAUCUAAUCUAACUGCAAUUUACCUCUGAUGUCCCUGAGAAGAUUUCAGUUGUUAGAACCAAUGCGGAGAAGGAACUCCAUCGAGUGUUGAUGAGCUUUGAACAUUCAGUUAAUGAUGGGUUCGUCGACGAUUUUGACGCCCACGCAGAGAUACGCGGCUGGGGCUCUUCUUUCUCUCGCCCUCCACCAGGCUCAGAUCCACCAGACCCCUUUAGCAUCCCUUCUGCCUAGUGAUGACGAUACUGCCGAGGAACGAACGAGCAGCGGCAGCAGUACCGAUUCUGUGACAGAGGAUCCUCACAUUUCUCACCUCUGGAUCCACCAAAACUUCGCUCUCCUCCGCCCUGUAUUCAGGUUCCUACAGAUAGAUCCUAAAGCCUGGACUGGGCUGGAGGAAACUGCUCGGUCUUCUCCAGCCAAGCAUCGUGUUGGAGCUUUUUUUAGGUUACUUUCAGAAGAUAAUGAUGAAACUUCUUCAGAAAGGUUGGACCAGGAACUUGCUUUGGCAAAAGCUGUUGAUGCUACAGAAAUGAGCAUGGGAAUCAGUCCUGUUUCUUCUGAAGCUACUAUAGAAAAACAUCAUGAGGAUGAACAUGCAUGCCAUGAGAAUAGCUCCUCUAGGGGAUCAGAUGAGAAUCUUGUGGAAGAAGAAACAUUGCUCAGUUAUCAGAGGAAAGUAGUUGUUCUGUAUGAGCUCCUCUCUGCUUGUGUAGCAGAUAUACCUGAAGAUGACAAGAAAGAUACUCGACAAAGAAAAGGUUAUGAUGCUCGACAUCGUGUGGCUCUUCGGUUGCUGGCAACGUGGCUUGGAAUCAAGUGGAUUAAAAUGGAAGCCAUGGAGGUCUUGGUUGCUUGCUCUGCAAGGGAUCUGGUGAAAUCUGAAGAGCCAAAGGAGGUAGCCAAAUCCCAAGACAAGUCAUGGGUUAAAUGGAAACGCGGAGGUAUUAUUGGGGCAGCUGCAAUAACUGGAGGGACCUUGUUGGCAAUCACUGGUGGUUUAGCUGCUCCAGCAAUUGCUGCGGGCUUUGGUGCUUUGGCUCCUACAUUGGGAUCUCUUGUACCUGUGAUUGGAGCAAGUGGAUUUGCUGCUGCAGCAACUGCUGCAGGGUCAGUUGCUGGUUCUGUUGCUGUUGCUGCAUCGCUUGGAGCGGCUGGAGCUGGGUUAACUGGGUAUAAAACGGCUAGAAGAAUUGGAAGUGUUGAUGAAUUUGAAUUCAAAGCUAUUGGAAAGAAUCAUAACCAAGGCUGCCUGUCUGUUGGUAUCUUCGUUUCUGGACUAGUUUUCGAGGAGAAAGAUUUUAUAAGGCCUUGGGAAGGACGAGAAUUCAACUUAGAGAGGUAUGUGCUAAGGUGGGAAUCUAAGAAUCUGAUACUAUUGAGCACCGCAAUCCAGGAUUGGUUGGCUUCAAGAAUUGCAAUGGAAUUGAUGAAACAAGGUGCCAUGAUGACUGUACUAAGCUCACUUUUAACUGCAUUGGCAUGGCCCGCAACCUUACUUGCAGCUACUGAUUUUAUAGAUAGCAAAUGGACAAUCGCAGUAGACAGAUCAGACAAAGCAGGAAAGCUGCUUGCUGAAGUUCUAGCGAAAGGAUUACAAGGAAAUAGACCUGUGACACUUAUAGGGUUUUCACUUGGAGCUCGUGUGGUUUUCAAAUGUCUAAAGUAUUUGGCUAGGAUGGAAAUUGAAGGAGGUUCAGUUGUAGAAAGGGUUGUUCUUCUUGGGGCACCAGUUCCAAUUCAAGAUGAAUACUGGGAGACUGCUCGAAGGAUGGUGGCUGGGAGAUUUGUUAAUGCUUAUUCCACAAGUGAUUGGAUGCUUGGAAUUGCUUUCCGUGCAAGUCUUCUUACACAAGGAUUAGCUGGAAUUCAACCUGUUGAAGUUCCUGGAAUAGAAAAUGUUGAUGUAACAGAACUAAUUGAAGGUCACUCCUCAUACCUUCGGAUGUCACAACAAAUCCUGGAACGACUUGAACUGGAUGCAUAUUUCCCUGUCUUUAGGAGUUCUGAAAAUUUGAAUCAAGUAAAAACUUAGUUCCACUCCAACCUGCAUCAAACUGAGUACUUCAUCCUUUUCUAUUGGCUUCCGAAACAUUGUGCAGCACAAAGAAUCAGACGGCUGAUCAAAUGUCCAGAUUGAUUCAAAUCAGUAGUCAUCUUGGUACCACUUGACCAUUAUUGACCUUAAUCAGGGCUCUGGUGAAAUUCUGUUGGUGCUGCUUCAACCACAUGUCACUUUGCAUAACAGGCUUAGGCUCAGCGCAGGACAAAAAUUGUGGCAGUUCAAUUUUCAAUAUCAAUUAUUAUGAACAAAAAUUAGUCACCGCGGACAACCGAUCUACAAGUUGCAUAAAAAAUAGUUCACUUAGGCUUAAUUUGUUUACGUUGUAAAUUUCAUUUGCAUUGGUGUAAAUGCAUGGUAGUGCAAAUAGGCAGUGUAAAUUUUGGUUUACUUUUGCUGCAAAUUUGACUGUCUUAUUUGUUUGUGAGAAGUAAAAUGAUAUAGCCCAACUUUAUGAGAAAGAGAAUGGAAGUAGGAGGAAGGUUAUUUGUUUGGCAA